AUGCUGCUGUGCCGGGUCUCCGCCCUGAGCCAGGCGGCGGCCAAAUGGGGACGGAGGUCACGCCGGGGAGGCGGCCUCCUCGUCCACCGUGCCGUCUCCUUUAGCUCCAGCCGCCGUCACGGUGUCAACUCCGGGGAAGGCAGCCCCCAGCCGGCGGAGCCCGGCUCCCCUCAGGCUCUGUACCGGGACACGGUGCUCCUUCCCCGGACCGAGUUCCCCAUGAAACUGACCGGGCAGAAGCUCCUGGACCGGGAAGUCCAGAUACAGCAGGAGUGUGGGUUUGCAGAUUUAUACUCAUGGCAGAGAGAAAGGAAGGCCAAGAAAGAGUUCUGCCUCCAUGAUGGACCACCUUAUGCCAACGGAGACCCUCAUGUUGGACAUGCACUCAACAAGAUCCUGAAAGAUAUUCGCAACCGUUUCGAGCUGCUCCGGGGCCGGCAGGUCCACUACGUCCCGGGCUGGGACUGCCACGGGCUGCCCAUUGAGCUGAAGGCUCUGGGAGAGCUGGGCACCAGUGGGCUCAGUCCGCUGCAGAUUAGACAGAAAGCGCGGGAGUUUGCUGAAAAGGCCAUCGCUCGGCAGAAGGCGGCGUUCCAGCGCUGGGGGGUGAUGGCCGACUGGGAGCAGUGCUACCAAACGUUUGAUGGAACCUACGAGGCAGCUCAGCUGAAAGUCUUUCAGGAGAUGCACAGCAAGGGGCUCAUUUACCAGGACUACAAGCCUGUUUUCUGGUCACCUUCAUCCAGAACAGCCCUGGCAGAGGCGGAGUUGGAGUACAACCCGGAACAUGUGAGCCGGGCCAUCUACGCCACGUUUCCUCUGGUCACGCUGCCACCAAAGAUGGCCUCAGAAGAAGGUCUGGACAGUGUCUCUGUGUUGGUGUGGACCACCCAGCCCUGGACCAUCCCCGCUAACCAGGCUGUGUGCUACAUGCCAAACGCACAGUACUCUGUGGUGAGGAGAGGGGACGACUCUCGGCUGCUGCUGGUGGCCUCUGAGCGCGCCGCCAGCCUGGCAGCCCUGCUGGGCACAGAGCUGCAGAGCAUCGGAUCCUUCACAGGUUCCCAGCUUGAAGGCGGGGUCUGCCAGCAUCCCACCAUUCCCGACAAGCAGGUGCCCCUGUUGCCAGCCAAUCAUGUGACGAUGGGAAAAGGAACAGGAUUGGUCCACACGGCGCCGGCUCACGGCAUGGACGAUUACAGCGUGGCGUCCCAGUUUAAGCUGUCAGUGGAGUGCAUGGUGGAUGAGGAGGGGAAGUUCACGGAGCUGGCCGGGGCCGAUCUCCAGAACCUGUCUGUGAUGACGGAAGGCACCGACCGGGUGAUUUCCCUGCUGAAGGACAGCGGGGCUCUGGUCCUGGAGGAGCGGUGUGUCCACAGCUACCCGUACGACUGGAGGACCAAGAAGCCCGUCGUCAUCCGGCCCAGCAAACAGUGGUUCAUCAACACGGCCUCCCUCAAAGACAAAGCCAAGGAGGCGCUGCAGAAGGUCCAGAUCCUGCCGGAGUCUGCGCGGGCCAGUCUGCUGGCCACGCUGGACAGGCGCACCUACUGGUGCAUCUCCAGACAGCGGAGCUGGGGGGUGCCCAUCCCCGUCUUCUACCACAAAGAAACCGGAGAGGCUCUCCUCAACAAACACACGGUGUCCCACAUCGCUAAGCUCUUCAAGGAGAAGGGCAGCGACUGCUGGUGGGAGCUUCCCACCGACGACCUGCUGCCGCCAGAGGUGAUCAAGAAGAGUAAAGUGGGUCCAGCGAGCGACUUCAUCCGUGGAGAGGACGUCCUGGACAUCUGGUUUGACAGUGGAGCCUCGUGGGCCGCCGUGCUGGAAGAGGAGAUGGAGGGAGACUCUGAGGAGCCUGAGUCCCGUCUCAGCUGGCUUCCAGCCCCGCUGCGCAAACCUCUGGCCACAGAGUCAGACUCCCGAGCAGACGCAUACGUGGAGGGAAAGGACCAGCUGGGGGGCUGGUUUCAGUCGUCCCUUCUCACCAGUGUGGCCGUCAGGAACAAGGCCCCUUACAAGUCUCUGGUGGUCCAUGACUUUGCGGUCAGCGAGAAGGGAGAAAAGAUGUCCAAGUCUGUGGGGAAUGUCGUGGAUCCUGAUGAAGUGAUCAACGGAGGAAAAGAUGCUCCAGCCUACGGGGCAGAUGUGCUCCGCUGGUGGGUGGCCGAAUCAAACGUCUUCUCCGAAGUCCAAAUCGGGCCCACGGCCCUCAACCAGGCCCGGGACAGCAUCAGUAAGCUCAGGAACACGCUCCGGUUCCUGCUGGGCAACCUGCAGGGCUUCGACCCCCGCGCCCAGGCCGUGGACCCCAAACAGAUGCACUACAUCGACCAGUACAUGCUGCACCUGCUCCGCGAGUUCAGCAUGAAGGUGCGUGGGGGGGGCGGGGCCUCGGCGUGUCCGGCCUCUGCCCGCCGCCUGCUGACCCCCUCCUGUGUGCAGCAGGGCCGUGCAGAGACCACUAAAGGGGCAGAAUUAAACUGUUAA